UAACUAAAGUUAGCCAAGUGGUAGGUAACUUAUUAAAUUAUAUAUUAUUCACACAACCCACUAUAUAAACAAGACUAUUUUCUUGUAAACUUUCGAUGUGGAACUCCUUUCUAUAUAAAAACACUUAAAAUUGGCUUAUCAACAUAUGGGCAUAUAUUGGAGACUUUUUCAAUUCACCCAAAUUAAUUAUAAUGGCCCACAUCAAUAAAUAUUUAAUUUAAUAUUUUAAACCCAAAUCAAAUUCAAUUAAUUCCAACAAUAGAUACAUACAGAUUUCAUACACUGAGAGAAAUUGUAAUGGGGUCGGCGCAGGUGCAUUUGGAGAAAAUGGAGGCGCGUAAGAACUACGCGAACCUUUGGCACACAGAUCUCAUACAUUCUCCUGAAUCCGAUCCUCUUUUUAUGGUUCUAUAUUUUUUUCAGUCCAAUUUUUUUAUCGACAUAUAAUGUUAAUUUCUGUAUCUAUUUGGAAAAUUCUGUCAAAUUAUACUAUUUCACUCGAAAGUAUAAUAAAAAGUUUAGACACAAUAUGGAUCGCUAAUACCGCAUGGAUCUUCAUUUACCGUUUUUCACUUGAAAAUGCUAUGAAAAAACCAGUUUUAUUAAUCAAAAGUCUAAUAGAAGUAUCGUUCUUUAAUUGUUUUUGAUAUUAUGGUUGAUUUGAUUCAUUUGAAUAUAUUCUGACGUGUUUCUUUUGGCAGUUUGCUGUUUCGCACUUCUGUGGUGCGCAAUUUAAUUUAACAUUGUUUUUGUAUGUUUUCUAGUUGACAACUGAGAACUGGAUAAAUUUAUAUCUAAUAAAUCAUUUUGAAUUGUUUCAUUGCAUUCAUGCUAGCUCUAAAUUGCGAGUACACGAGUACAAUUGAAAUAGCGGAGGAGCCAGGGGAAGACAAAAACGCGUGUUUAUAAAAUCCGUGUACAUGAAAAUUUUACUUAUUUCUCCUCUCCUCUUAACUAAUUGUGCUUGCUUGCUUUUCGUCUUAUUUUAGUGGUCCAUGCGCUUCAUACAUGCUGAGAAAACGAGCUCUUUACAAUGACAUGUCUAGGUAUACAUGCUGUGGGGAUUACAUGCCUUGUAGCGGUCGAUGCGGAGAAAGUUUUCCUCUGCUUUGCAAAUUCUGUUGCCUCAACACGCUUUAUGUUGCAAGAUGAGUUCAACAUACAAACAACGAAAUGUGAUAACUGCAUUAUUGGAUUUAUGUUCUGCCUGCAGCAGCUGUCUUGCAUAUUUUCUAUCAUUGCUCUACUCGUGGGAAGUGAGGACAUUGAGGAGGCAUCCCAGCUAUUGAACUGUCUUUCUGACAUGGUUUACUGCACGGUUUGCCCCUGUAUAGACACAGCACAUGAUUGGAAUGGAUAAAAGGGAUGGAAUGUUUGGAGCCCCAUCAGUGAUGGCAGCGCCUCCUGUCCAACAGAUGUCUCGUAUAGAUCAACCCGUCCCUCCUCAAGUCGGGUAUCCACCUCCACCGCCAUAUGGUCAGCCCCCCACUUAUCCUCCACCUGUGUAUGGUAUGCCCCCGGCUUAUCCCCCACCUCCAACAGUGUAUGGUCCGCACACAGGAUACCCCCCACCUCCACCACGCUAUGGCCACCCCCCUGGUUAUCCCUCACUGCCACAACCACAAGCCGAGGGCUGCCCCUCGCCUCCACAACCACGACCAAAACCACAACUCCAGGGCUACCCCCCAACCACUUAUCCUUCACAAGGUUAUGGUUAUCCUCCAGCAAAUUAUCCUUCAUCCCCCACCUGAUAACAAUAGAUGAACUCCCCUUUUGGUUUUUUUGAGGUUGUACUUGAAUCCUAAUUUUGUUUUCAAUCGAUUUAUGCAUUAGGUAUA